AUGAACAAGGAAGAAAACAAGAAAAAUAUGAAGUGUCAUGUGAAAGGUCAGAGGGGUGCUUCCAGUUUUGAGCUACCACUGGUCAAAUCAAGUUUUGAAUUGGCAAGGAAUUUCAACAUCAAACUGGAGGAAAGAAAGACCAAACAUGGAAAAAUAUGUGCACCUAUAACAGAAGUUGCAGCUCUUAGGAACAAAAAAAAUCAGCCAUUAACUAUUCCCCAAUUCAAGUUAUCUAUGUUUGCAACAACUUCCAACAAAGAGCCUGAGCCAAAGAAAAAUGUUUCAGAUAAUGCAAGUAGGACUAAACUACCUAACACUUAUGCUGAAAAAAGUAUAGAGAGGGAAGUGUCUUUAAAAACAAACAGAGGAUUGAAGAUUCAAGAUCCAAAAGAUCAAUCUUUGAUUUCUAAAAGGAAUCAACCUUUAGUUUCUAAAAUCCAAAAUUCAAAAGGACAAUCUUUGUCUCAAGUUAGAAGAUUUACGCCUAUACAUAUUCAGGAUCCAAAUAUGCAAUCCAUGAAAAAGACGGUAAUUGGAGAUGGACCGUUGGAGAAUGACAUUUCAAGAUCAAAGAAACAAUCUAAGAGAAUAGUUGUUGAAGAUGAGUCAAGGGAAAAACAUGAAAGUAACAAUAAGAAUCAACAACGAAAAGAUCAACAGAAGAAAAUGGUAGUGGCUGAAGAGGAAUCAAUGACAAGGCAACAAAGUGCUUGCAAGAAGACAAAAAGAAGUCCUUUGUGCCAAUCAAUGUUAAUUGGUGACUUUCUUGAAAAAAAUGGAAGAGAUGUUGAGAAGGAGAUGGAAAACUUAAUUGAAGAUGAGGAAAACAUUGUUUUAGAAGAACAAGAACAAGAAGAAAAUGUGGAAUGUGAGGGAGACGCAGAAAAAAAUGGGACAACUAAGAAAAGAACACGGGGACCAACGCGUUGUUUAAAAAUAUAUGCAAGAGAUGUAAAAGAUCGUCAAGAAGUUACUCUAGAUGACUUUGGAGAGCCAAUUGGACCUGAUGACCAAACUGUUUCUGACUUGGGCUAUUUCCUCGGAACUAUAGCAAGGAAUGCAAAUUUUUGUCCAUUGAUCUAUACAAAUUUCAAAGAGUUGCUUAAAGAUGAAACAGAUCCUAAGCGUCAUAAUUAUCAUAUUUGGAAAUAUAUUAAUACGAAGUUCAACAUUCCUGAGAGAGGAAAAAAAGCAGUGUAUGCUCGAAUAAACGAUGCUUGGAGACGCCACAAAUACUCUAUCAAGAAAGAUCAUUUUCUAAAGUACUCUAAUAUGAAGGAUAGAUUAAAACACCGUCCAAAGAGCAUAUCUGAUGUUCAUUUCAAGAAAUUGUUAGUAUAUUGGAAAGAUACUCAUAUUCAAGAUAUUAGCCAAAAGAAUGCAGUUAAUAGGAGCAAGAAAAAGUUUAUGCAUCAUGUAGGACCGACAAAUUUUGCUAGAAUUCGUGCAAAAAUGCAGGAAAACAAGGAUGGGCAAGAAGUCACUCAAGCUGAGAUGUUUAUUGAAACUCGAAAAAGUCGCAAGGGAAAACAAGUGGAUGAGGAAACCCAAUUUGUGAUUGAUAAACUUCAAGAUUCUAUUGAAACUUCAACUGAAGCCGGAACACAAACAUUUCAAUCACUGCUUGGAAAAGAAAAACCCGGUAGAGUGAGAUGUUAUAGAAGAACUGUUACACCAUCAUUGUUGAAAAAAAAAGAAGAAAUUUCUUUAAUAAAAAUGCAAUAUGAUGGUAAAAUUUCUGACAUGACACAAAAGAUGGGAGCAAUGGAGGCACUUUUGAAAAACAUGUAUAUGCAACAAAGUCCACAUUUAAGUGAAGAGGAAGUAAACGAUAAGAUGAGAGAAGCCUUGCACAAUGAUAAUAUUCCAACACCGCGCUCAUCGACAUCAACCUAUGCUCCUGCUCAUCAAAAGGUUAGAAAUGAAGAUGAUCCUCAAGAUGAACAAGAUGACGUUCUCCAAGAUGACGACGAUCUUCAAGAUGAUGAUGAUCUUCAUUUUGAUAUUGAUGAUGAUCUCCAAUAUGAUCAAGAUGACGAUCUUCAAUAUGAUCAAGUUGACGGUUCUCAAGAUGAUGAUUCUCAUGAUCCUCAAUACAAUGAAUAUGAUGAAGACCUUCACUGA